GAAACAUUGGGUACUGAAUCGGGAGAAUCACAGAUUAUUCUGUGACGCACUGUCCAGAACUAUUUUUCCCUAAGUGUUGCACACUGGUUUAAGACUGCUGAAGUAAUUAUCACUGUAUUGAUUGUCGUCAAACUGCAUCGGUAAUGCCAUGAGAACUUUUAUCGCCGAUAUUCCUUGAUUUGUCUCUCAUUGUCUCCCUCAUUUUAGUUCCCAUCUCGCUGUAUCCAUUUCUCCCUUACAUUUUCUGCGGGUCAACUUACAUUAUUUUGUGCGAUUCUCUCAAUGUAAAUAGUAUAUUUUCAACGUAUUUCUAAAAUUUCAUAAUUUUAACAAUGAAACAGAAGAUGUAAAUAAGAAAUUUUAAAACUCAAGUUCCUAGUGAAGAGCAUCAAGCGUGUUAGCGUACUAAGGAAAAAAAAAGGAAACUGUCAGCAUACUUAACUUAUAAGAAACAUUAAAAUUAAAAUAAGUGAAAAGCAGUGACAGUGUCAUCUCAAGAGCUCACAACCUUGUUACAAAACAAGAACUGCUUUUAGGUUCUGCGAAGUUACUUACGGAGUUUCUGCGACAGCGUAUCCAGAGAUGGUGAUAAAGCAUGUUGUGCGUGCUUGAUUUGUUGACAAACAGAUUACUAGUGAAGUAAUGUGAAUUUCUGGAUUUUUGGAUAAUGUCUGAUUCAGAUGAGGACUACGUUGAAUAUGGAACUCCUCUAGACCCUUUAGAUGAAGAUGCUGUUCCCAAGAAAAAGCCAUUCAGGCUGGAAGAAAUUGUUGCUAGGAAUAGCAAACAGAGGUUUCAUGGAGCUUUUACUGGAGGUUUUUCUGCUGGUUUCUUUAAUACUGUUGGCUCAUUGGAAGGAUGGGCACCAUCAACCUUCAAGUCCUCUCGAUCAGACAAGGCAGAGAGAAAGAUUCAGAAACCAGAAGACUUUAUGGAUGAUGAGGAUGUAGGUGAAUUUGGCAUAGCUCCAAAGGUUCUCCGUUCAACAAGUGACUAUGCUGAUCACCUCAAUGCGAGAAAAAGAGAGAGGGUGGUCCCAGCAACUGGACCCAUUCCAGGAGAACCAGUUUUAAAGCAGCUCCUACAGCCAGCAAGGGACACAAUUGGCAUUAAGCUUCUGAAACGUAUGGGAUGGAAGCCAGGCCAAGGUGUUGGUCCUCGUCUUACUAAGAAGGAGAAGAAGCAAAGUAGAAAACAACAUUUGAAAAUGACAAAGAAGGUUUACGGUUGUGCUCCUCCAGAAUCGACUGAUGGUUAUAAUUCAAGUGGAAAUAGUAGUGAAUCUUCAGAUGAAGAAGACGAGAACAUUACAUUUGCCCCAGAUGACUACGAACCUUUUUUGUGCAAACCCAAAGACAACUGCUUUGGCAUUGGAUACUCUGGUUUAGACAGAAGAUCAGUUUUGUCUAGCCAUAUCAACCUUUUCCAGCCAUCUUCACUUAUAAUGAAUGAAAAAAAUAAGAAGGUGUCAAUAUCUGGUCAGGCAUUUGGUGUUGGAGCAUUAGAAGAGGAGGAUGAAGACAUAUAUGCACUGGAGGAUAUGUCUCAGUAUGACUUUAGUUUGGGAGGCAAUGACUCACAAAAGCUCCAAAAGAAGAAAGACUCAGUUCGAAGGGAUAAUAAUAAGGAAGACACUCUGGAUGGAUUUGUCUGUGCCACACAUUCAGUUUCUUCAAGGAAAUUUUUCCCUCCUCCAGAGUUACCAACAAACUUUCAGCCAUUCCAUACAGUUCGCAAGACACGUUUCGAAUCUGCACCUGACGAAAGUCAAGAGAACAACUUUAGAAAAAUGGGUCUGCAAAGACACGCAUUGUCAUCUAACGACAGGGCACAAAUUUUAAAUGACAAUACUUGCAUGCAUUUGACAGCUUCAGAAGAAAGUGAAAUGGAUGAGAAUAAAAUGUUGGCCAAAGAAGCUGCAAAAAUUACUGAGAAACUCUCUCAAAACUCAGUUGCAACAAAGUUCUGUCCAUUUGCAGGACGUCCAGAUAAACAGAGCCGAUAUGAGCAGUAUACUGCCCUGGUUAAAGCUGGAAGGAAAGCUGAUUUUGCAAAAUGCCAGCCAUUGGAUAUGACAGAGUGGCAGCGGGAGCAAGAAGUGGCAGAAUUUGAGCGUGUGGCCAAACUGGAGGCAGCCAUGAAUGACCGAUUUGUCCCAGCCUCUGUUCCUGGUGCUGAUGUUUUGCAAGAAGAAAUCCCAGCAUGUGUAUCUGCAGCGAAGGCAAAGAUGUUUGGCAAGCUCACCAGAGAGCGCUGUGUCUGGAAACCAACGAGUUUGCUCUGCAAGCGCUUCAAUGUUCCUGAGCCACAGGCUGGUAUUAGCCAACCAUCUGCAUCUCUAGUGAGAAAGAAAGGAGUGAGCAAAUUCUCAGUAUUUGAUUUCCUAGACGCAGCAAAUCAUAAUAUCAAACUGACUGAGGCUCAAGUAACUGAUGAAGCUGAAACCGCCAAAACUUCGGCAGUGUCCCCUGUUCAGAAAAAAGAAACUGUUCCUCAAACACAACCUACAACAUCAUCAACAGUUGCAGAUAAGGAUCUGACAGAACAGACAAAUGAUGAUCGGGUGAUGGACUUUGCUGAUCCACCCUCAAAAAUGGACCUGUACAAAGCUGUGUUCCUUAGCAGUAGUGAAGAUGAAUCAGCAUCUGAAGAUGAACAUACUAAUACAGAUAAGUCACCUAGUCAGUCUGCAAUUACUCAACACAUUAAAUUGGAGCCAGGCACCACAAGAGCAGCUGAAGAAAUACCUGGUACUUCAUUAUUUGGAAGGUCAUCUUUUGCAGCAACAGAACCAUUGAAGCAGACACCAGCAAGUGCACUCAAUAUUUUGAGGAAUACAUCACCACCUCGAGGAAUUUUUUCCAAUCUAGACCUUGAUGCAAUUAAUACUCAAAUUAAGGAAAGAAUGCAGGGAAAAUCUUCUGAUUUUAAUAUUGGACUAAACAGAACAGAUUCUGACCCAGUACGAUCCUCUGAAGACACUGUUAGUGCUGACGCAAUAUCAGGAGCAAAAACAACCACCGGAGGUAGCAAACCUGCACAGGCACCAGUAGAUGAUGACAGUGCAACCAUGGAAAGUGCAAUGUAUGGACCCUCUCUACCAAGUACACCUGUUCCCCAUAUAACUAAAAAUACAAAGCUAAUAUCAGAGUCUAAUCUGACAGAUGAACUGUCAUCUUUCAUUUGGGUUGAGAAGAAAAAUAAAACUUCACGCAAAGAGAAACAUAGGAAGGAACAUAAAAAAGCUUCAAAACAUAAGAAACAUAAAUCAAAAAAGCAUAAGAAAAGUAAACAUUAAUUUAAUGUAUAAUAGUAAAUUUGUACAUAUAUGUAAAGUAAAUGUCGUGUUGAUACCGGCCUAUAAUUACCGUAUGAUGAUUUCCUGUUGCUCAAUAUUUUCAUCUUUCAUGGUACUGGUGUGUGUGUGUGUGUGUGUGUGUGUGUGUGUGUGUGUGUGUGUGUGUAAGGGGACACGUGUUGAUUACUCAUUUAAAAUGUAAUUAGUUUGUGUAUGUGCUGUCUUGAUACUAGACUAUAUUUGUAAAUUGUAAUAGUGUAGAUACUGCAGGCAGAAUUUGUAUGUUUCAAGGAAUGUAUUACUGGUCUCUCACCUGAAAUUAGUAAAAUUUCUAUCUGGAAAAUUAUUUUUAAAAAAGUAAAUUAAAAUAAUAUUUUGGCUCUGA